AUGCUUACCGAAACGUUCUACGUAGAUCCUCGCGUUGAAGGGUGCGGCAGCCUGUCGUCAAGAGCCCAGCGACUGGGCUUCAAGACGAGAGGCUUCUUAGGCGAGGGGGUCACGGUAUGCGUUGCGGCAUCAACAAACCCCGCGGCGGGGGACGGGGGAGCGAGUGAAGAUGCAGCGACAGCGACAGCGGGGGCGGUAGGCGGGGCGCGUCAGUUGCGCGGCCGGCGUUUAAGCCGAAUUCACCGAAUGGCUCAAACCGAGUUCAGCGCACAGCCGGGGCGACAAACGCACACGUCCAUCGUGGACCAGGCGCGACAGCUGCGCGCCACCGUCGUUACCGGGCAGGCCUUCCGGCUCUGGCUCGGGCGGCAGGAGUCCAAACGGGGGGCCGGCAGAGGAGAAGGAGGGAGGGUGCCGGCGGCGGCAGGGGCGGCGGUGGCGGUCGAGGGGAAGGAGACAGCCGAUCGCCCUUUGAUGUCCCGCGGCGGUGGUGGGCAGCAGCGUGCGGCGGGCGCGAGCAGGUUCAAGUCGCGGGAGCACCCGCGGGUCGUGAUCAAAGACUUGGAUGGAUUGGAGCCUGAUCGGGUGCAGGCAUUCCCCCCGGAGCUUUUGCGCAAGUGUUUUCUUCACACGGACGCCCCGCCGGGAAUCUGUCCCUUUACCCCUCGAGAGCAGGCAAGCGUGCGGAGGCGCGGCGCACAACUUGGCAGCAACAGUAGCAACGGUGUUUUUGUUCUUCUGGAGGAGGAGUGGGACCGCGAGGUGCUCAAGAUGAAGAAAAAGGACGCUCAAUGCGUCGGGGCAAAGGUUGCAGCGAGAAUGCCGCCGGCCGGCUCGCAGAAGCCCCGCCGGGGAGGCUGGUGCGAAUGCUGCGAGAUCCAGUACAUCGGAACCAUGUCGGAGCACUGCGCUAGUGACCGGCACACUGCUGCCGUCGAGGCGGACCCUCACUUUGCGGCGCUGCUCGCAUUUGAGAGCUGGACGGGUGCGGAGGGCGACUCGAGCGUCGUACGCGAUACAGCUCCGGGCCGAACAGCAGCGUACCCGACACCUAAAGCAGAGAUGGCCGGCCGCGACAGUACCGCCGUGUCGCCGGCGUUGUCGCCGGCGUUGCCGGGACCGGCGACGAAGGGGGAAGGCCACGAAGAGGGGGGUGGCGAGGAGCCCCUCCUUCCGCCGGUUGCGGGAAGCGAGGUGCUGCAGGGAUGUGGGGAAGACAACGACCAAAAUCCUGUCGCGCUAGGUACAGGUAGCCCCCCGAUAGGCCGCCGACAGGGCAGCGCUGUCUCGUCAAGCCGCGAAGGCGAGCGAGAGGCACCCGCCGCGACAAACGAAGACUCGAUCUUGGAAGGAGGAGCGAUAUCUCCCUCCGGGCUGCGAGAAGCGACCGGAGGCGGCGGCGGCGGCUCCGCGAGGGCCUCGCGGGGCUCGCCACGCCUCCGGCCGAAGCCGGAUCAGCCGAGCGGGGUGGCUCUUCGCAGCAGCGAACCAGGAGCACCAGGAGAGUGUCGACCAGCGCCGCCGAGAGUCAAGCGUGGGACUUGUCCGCCGGACUGGGACAGCCGGAAGGACCAUCGAAAACCAGGCUCCCCUACAGCAGACACGCCGGCAACGUCUGCCGCGAGCGUUCCGUCCUCCCUAACGGACUGCCGCAGUAAUCAGGACAGCAGCAGCAAGAGCUCGGUAUUCCCGGCCGAAUCACCGGUAUAUGAUGUUCAAGGGCCGGACAUGUUGCCCCCGUUGUCGGCGUCAUCUUCGCCGACGUCGACGUCGUCCACACCUCGCACCGGGCGACGGCGCGGCACCCGCGGCUCUCGGGGAGAAAAUUCAAGCUCCGUGGUGGGCGGCGCCUCAUCUUCGCCGCCCGAUGCGGCACGGAGAAUGGAUCUGCGGGUGGGACGCGGAGGGACGGGCGGGGCGCCUGAAGCCCCCGGUACUUGGCCCUCCCCUCCUAAAGGCGAGCAACAGCGGUUGACCCGUCCGUCUCCACCACGCGAGAUCGGGACCUCGCCGUCUCCCGCAUCCGUGACGACGAGCAAGCAAGAGCAGAUCGACGAGCGGAAGAAGAAGAGGCGGAAGCGCGCGCUGGCGCUGCUCGAAGCCAGCGCAGGCUGGGCCGCGUCGGUCCGAGAAGCGGCCGGCCCGUGUCCAGGCGACCGCACCCCCAGAAGCCUGACGACCACCAGCGGCGGUCGUCCUUGCAGAAAGGUCACCAAAGCCUCGCCGUCCUCGUCGAGGGGAAGCACGGCGGCACAAAGCCAGCGAGUCUCGAAGGAGAAGAGCCCGAGGGAAGACGUCGGCGGCGGCGGCGGCGGCUCGCCUUCGACGAGCCGCACCAACGGUCCAUCGCGCGAGAACGAGGAAGGAGAACAACCGUGUGGUACUGACCGUUCGGGGGUGACGGUAGAGGCAGGGUCGAACGCGGAGGCACGCGAUGGCUGCGGGGGGUCGGCUGCGGCCUCGGUACGACGACGUUGCGCGCCGCCGCCGCCGCCGACGACGACUCAAUGCCCGCCGUCUCCUGCUGAGGAUGCCCACGGGAGGGAGCGGAUGCCUAAGAGAGCAAGGCUUCCGCCUGACAACGGACACACCUACGGCGAGGAGUUCGAAAACAUCCCCCCCUCGAGCGACCGCACACCACCCAGCGGGGAGAAGAACAGCGGUGGAACUAGCAGCAGUGGAAGAAACCGCAGCAGCGCUCGCCAACCACAAGCCUCGAGCACCGCUAGCAGGAUGGGGCUAGAAACUGCCGCAGCGGGCCAGCACAGCUCGCCCGUGUCGAGCGAAGGUACUCGAAGCAUUUCGCGCAGGCUAGGGUCGAAGUUUGCGGAGAACCAGACCAGAAGCUCCAACGCCGCGAGCAGAGCGCGUACGAACCGCGUCGCGGUGGGCGCGACCAGCAAAAUAGAACCACCCACAAGCAAGCGAGCGCAGGCGAAUGCGACCCGCCCGUGCACACGCUCGGAGUUGCCGAGACCUACGCGCCGUAAUUGUUUGUCUUCACCGGGGUCUUUUUUGACCGAAUUUUCGUAGACCGACGAACUUUUUGGUCGCCAGAGGAUGAAAUUCGAAACUUGUUUUGUUACUUCUACGCAUGAAUGUCGUACAGGUCAUUGACAGCAUUCGGAACGCUGUUUAUUUCGCAUCUAUCAUCAGCUUCAGAGUUGUUUUUGUUCGUGUUUCAGCGUGUACUGUAGUAAGGGUCGUUAGGGCUACCUGUUUGCUGUUGUAUUUAUCGGCUUCAGAUUUAUUCGGCGUAGUCACGGGUAGGUUUGGAUCGUUAGGGCUAUGCAUACUUGUGUUUGCUGUCGUAUGUAUCAGCUUUAAAGUUAUUCGGUGUUGCAGUGAGGGGUCGCUAGAGCUGCUUGUUUGCUGAAUGCUGUUGACAGCAGUGUGCGUGUGUUCGGGAAAAAGAAAUCAAACUGCAUUCCCUCUUGAUGCGUGUAGGUGCCCAUUCGGUGUGCCAAAAAAAAUCGGGGGAGGGGAUAGGUGAUCGUGUUUUUUCUGUCCCCCCCACUUUUGCUCCCGUUCCACGUCGUCGAUGAUACCAUCCAUCGAUUGCGGUGGGAAAGGGGUGACGAGCGCCGGGCUGAAGUGAAUGCCCCUGUUGUGGCAACGUGACAACAUUCAGCUCUU